AUGGAGCUGUCCGAGGUCCGGUGCUCCAGCGCGAGCGAGGAGCUCUACACCAUCAACAAGACCCCGAGCAGCAGCAACAACAGCAACAGCAGCGGCAGCGGCAGCGCGCGACCCAAGCGGCUGCUGUGGCAGAACGCGGUGCGGCACAUCACCGAGCAGCGCUUCAUCCACGAGCAGGGCGCUGGAGGCGCGGUGGGGGCGAAGGGCAUCGGGCCGGACGAGCCCUACGACCCGAGCCAGGCCGCGCGGAAGCAGUCGGCGGGGCGGGCGUCGGUGGGGGACCGGCACAACAACGGCGGGACCAAGGUGUUCCCGGAGCGCGCCAGCAGCGACCUGGGCUUCCUGCAGAUCGACUGCGCGCCGAGCAACUCCGACUUCUUCUUGAACUGGGGCUACACGUACCGGGGCGUCAUCUUCCCCACGCUGCGGAACGCCUUCAAGUCCCGCGACCUGGAGCGGCUGUACCAGCGCUACUUUCUGGGCCAGAGGCGCAAGUCGGUGGUGGUGAUGAACAUCCUGGACGUGGUGACUAAGCUCACCCUGCUGGUGCUGCACCUCACGCUGGCCUCCUCCCCGAUGGACCCGAUCAAGGGGACGCUCCUGGGCUUCUUCACGGGCAUCGAGGUCGUCAUUUGUGCCUUAGUGGUGGUGCGGAAGGACACCACCUCGCACGGCUACCUGCAGUACAGCGGCGUGGUCACCUGGGUGGCCAUGGCCACGCAGAUCCUGGCGGCCGGGCUGGGCUACGGGCUGCUGGGCGACGGCGUGGGCUACGUGCUGUUCACGCUGUUCGCCACCUACAGCAUGCUGCCGCUGCCGCUCACCUGGGCCAUCCUGGCCGGCCUCUUCACCUCGGGGCUCCACAUCCUGGUCCAGCUGCUCAUCUCCCAGCAUGCACAGCUGUCCACCAACCAGGUUGCGGCUCAGGCUGUGCUGUUCAUGUGUAUGAACACUGCUGGGAUAUUCAUCAGUUACCUGUCCGACCGGGCUCAGCGUCAGGCCUUUCUGGAGACGCGGCGCUGCAUCGAGGCUCGACUGCGACUCGAGACAGAAAACCAGAGACAGGAGAGACUGGUGUUGUCAGUCCUGCCACGUUUUGUAGUUUUGGAAAUGAUCAACGACAUGACAAAUGUAGAGGACGAACACCUCCAACACCAGUUUCACAGAAUCUACAUCCACCGCUACGAGAAUGUCAGCAUUCUUUUCGCAGAUGUUAAAGGCUUCACAAACCUCUCCACGACGCUGUCGGCGCAGGAGCUGGUGCGAAUGUUGAAUGAACUCUUUGCACGCUUUGACCGCCUCGCACACGAGCACCACUGUCUACGAAUAAAGAUCCUGGGAGACUGUUAUUACUGCGUGUCUGGUCUACCCGAGCCCAGACAGGACCAUGCCCACUGCUGUGUGGAGAUGGGCCUCAGCAUGAUCAAAACCAUCAGAUACGUAAGAUCGCGCACGAAACACGACAUCGACAUGCGCAUCGGGAUCCACUCGGGCUCGGUGCUGUGCGGCGUGUUGGGUCUCAGGAAGUGGCAGUUCGACGUCUGGUCCUGGGACGUGGACAUCGCCAACAAGCUGGAGUCUGGAGGGAUCCCAGGGCGAAUCCACAUCUCCAAAGCCGCUUUGGACUGUUUAAACGGUGACUAUGAGGUGGAGGAGGGCCACGGGAAGGACCGCAACGACUUCCUCCGCCGCCACAACAUCGAGACGUACCUUAUCAAGCAGCCGGAGGAGAGCCUGCUCACCCUGCCGGAGGACAUCAUGAAGGAGGCGGCCAGCUCGGCCGACCGCCGGGCCAGCAGCGCCACCUUCAACGAGGCAUCCUGGAGCCCCGAGCUUCCCUUCGACAACAUCGUGGGGAAGCAGAAUACUCUGGCUGCCCUAACGAGAAAUUCGAUAAAUCUGCUUCCAAACCAUCUCGCACAAGCUUUGCAUGUCCACUCUGGUCCUGAGGAAAUUAACAAGCGAAUAGAGAGCGCCAUCGACUUACGGAGUGGCGAUAAGUUGAGAAGAGAGCAUAUCAAGCCUUUCUCACUGAUGUUUAAAGACUCCAGCCUGGAAGAGAAGUACUCCCAGAUGAGGGACGAGGUGUUCAAGUCCAACCUGGUGUGCGCCUUCAUCGUGCUCAUCUUCAUCACAACCAUCCAAAGCCUGCUUCCUUCUGCCAGGAUGGUAACCAUGGUGGUCCAGUUCUCCGUCCUCAUCGUCCUCCAUUCCUGCCUGGUCCUACUUACGACAGCGGAGGACUACAAGUGUCUGCCUCUGGUCCUGCGAAAAGCCUGCUGCUGGAUCAACGAGACCUACGCCGCGCGAAAUGUCAUCAUCUUCGUCUCAAUCCUGAUCAACUUCCUGGCAGCCAUGAUCAAUAUACUGUGGUGUGACUUCGACAAAUCCAGCACCUUCAGGAACCAGACGUACAACGAGUCCGCCUCCAUCCCAGACAUCUGCUUCUACCCAGAGUAUUUCGUGUUCACGGGGGUCCUGGCCAUGGUGACGUGCGCGGUGUUCCUGCGGCUGAACUCGGUGUUGAAGCUGGCGGUGCUGCUGGUGAUGAUCGCCAUCUACUCGCUGCUGACCGAAGCUUUCUACACCUCGCUGUUCGUUCGUUACGACACCGUCCACCACAACACGGAAAACUUCCUGGGGACUAAAGAGACAUCGUUGCUCCUGAUGGCCAUGUUCCUCCUCGCAGUGUUUUACCACGGCCAGCAGCUGGAGUACACGGCCCGGCUGGACUUCCUGUGGCGCGUCCAGGCCAAAGAGGAGAUCAACGAGAUGAAGGAGCUGCGAGAACACAACGAGAACAUGCUGAGGAACAUCCUGCCCAGCCACGUGGCCCGCCACUUCCUGGAGAAGGACCGGGACAACGAGGAGCUGUACUCGCAGUCCUACGACGCCGUGGGUGUGAUGUUCGCCUCCAUCCCGGGCUUCGCCGACUUCUACUCCCAGACCGAGAUGAAUAACCAGGGGGUCGAGUGCCUGAGGCUCCUCAACGAAAUUAUUGCCGACUUUGACGAGUUGCUGGGUGAGGACCGUUUCCAGGACAUCGAGAAGAUCAAGACAAUCGGCAGCACCUACAUGGCCGUCUCCGGCCUGUCGCCUGAAAAACAGCAGUGUGAAGAUAAAUGGGGUCACCUGUGUGCGUUGGCGGACUUUGCCAUCGCCCUCAACGAGAGCAUCCAGGAGAUCAACAAGCACUCCUUCAACAACUUUGAGCUGAGGAUUGGUAUGGCUCACGGCUCAGUGGUGGCGGGCGUGAUCGGCGCCAAGAAGCCGCAGUACGACAUCUGGGGGAAGACGGUGAACCUGGCCAGCCGGAUGGACAGCACGGGUGUGAGCGGCAAGAUCCAGGUGCCCGAGGAGACCUACCUGAUCCUGAAGGAGCGCGGCUUCGCCUUCGAGUACCGCGGCGAGAUCUACGUGAAGGGCAUCAGCGAGCAGGAGGGCAAGAUCCGAACCCACUUCUUGCUCGGCCGGGUGCAGCCCAACCCGCUCAUCCUGCAGCCGCGCAAAAUCACCGGCCAGUACUCGCUGGCGGCCGUGGUGCUCGGCCUGGUGCAGUCUCUCAACCGGCAAAAGCAAAAGCAGAUCCUCAACGAGAACAACAACUCGGGCAUCAUGAAGGGCCACCACCACUACAACCGGAGGACGUUGUUAGCACCCGGUGGCUCCGAGGUGGGGGGGGGGCACCACGCUGAAGUAGCCGAUAAGACUGAGCUGUCCUGAAAAGCAGAUUGGAGUUUCAGUUCUACGCAGAUUUCUCAGCGGCAGAGAUGCUCUUCGGGCGAAAAUAAUCCCAGUUGUUGUUGAGUCAGUGAUGUUAGGAUACAGUCACAGUAGAAAAGCCGAUGAAAGUUCUUCAGUAGUCGCAACCGCUCUGGCUCUGCAGUACUGAAACCUUGCGAAUCGCGGCGGCUUUGGCGGGUCAAGUGGGUCUUGUGUUGCGCUGUUUUCUCAUUUGGAAAAACAACUGACCAAUCAGAGCUUUGCAGGCAAGAUUAGUAGCUGGGACAUCACCCCCCUGUACCAGAACCUGAAUCCAAACAAAAAUGGUAACAGGUGUGGAUGAGGUUAAAGUGGUUUGUGUUGACUGACAGAGGCAUAAAAUACGUUUGAUGCUACCCGUUGGCGCACAAUGGCCGUAACAGCCGUUACUCGGUUUCAGCAAACCUUUUUAACCCUUCCAACCCCAAUCGUGGUUCUCCAAAAACACACAUACACGUCCCCGCAGGUCCACGCAGCGUCACUUGCAAAUUUGCAGAGUCAUUUAUGAGUCCUACAGGGCUCGCACGUGCUCACACGUGGGUCGUGAGUAUCGCUUCUGUUUGAUUCAUGAAACCUCAAAAUCAAAAUUAGCACGCGAGGAAAUGAUCUCAUGCUGCAAAUUGCACUUUGCAUGUUGGAAAUUUGGUGAGCCGGGCCCCUGAGAGUUAAACGAGCAGAUCAGUUGAUCCAAUUCCUGUCGCGAGGUGGGUUCAAAAUCCGAGCCUUAAAAACUUUAUCUGAACAGGAGUAAGACAAACGUGCAAACCGGAGAAUUAUGUUCCAGCCUUAAAGGUACCCUGUGGAGUCUUCGUCCACUAUCAGCACUAUGGAGCAAGGUGUUUUCAUGCGGGCCCCCUUUUUGUUUGUUUUUGUGUGCGCACAUGACGCAGAUGACGUGACACUUGUUUCUGCCGAUGGUCUCACACUGUUCCCCGGUCUGCAAGUGGCGGUAACACACCAGAAAUCCCAGAAAUGCACCAGCAAAGGCAAUGGAGAGGAAGACUAGCGGCUGAUGUCCAUGGUUGUAAACCAUGCAGGUUUCAAACUUAGGAAAAGUCAGUUUGGCAAAUGUUUUACCAGGAAGGAAGCGCACUGGAGAAGCUCCUUAGACCUCAAGGAUACACGUAACGAAUGUAAACAGAGACUGUGUUUACAAGAAAACUCCACAGGGCACCUCGAAGUGGUGAAGGCGAGAUACCUGGAAAAACACGCUACAUACUCAUUUUAAACGGACACUAUGGGGUUAGUUGGUGGCUUAGCCUAGCUGAGCUUACUAGCUCAAACAGUUGCUUUAUGGUUAAACCAGUGAACUAGCCUGCUGACCUUUCAACAUCAUAAAUAUCAGGCAAGAACGACCGACUCACAUAGUUUCACCUGCGUCACCUCUUCCCACUUUUGCAGGUUUGCCGGUUCGCCAGAACGUGCUUCGAAAAGCAGUUUCUCUGGCUCCUCCCACCGGGGUUUAACUCAACCAAUGAGAUUAUUUCUGCCUCCUGAGUCAGCUGUGCUUUCGACGAAUGUUUGUAGAUCUGAAACUCCACU